GGCGGCAGUCAGUCCGCCGGGGCGGCCGGCGUGAGCGCGCGUGUGAUGCGCUGUCGCUGACAUGGCCGGCGCUCGGGCGCUACUGGCCGCCUGCUACUGCUGGUGGUGGCUCGCCGCAGCGGCCGCCACCGAGCUAGACUUGCUGGGUGCAUUAUCGCUGCACAAUACGUCACAUGCUGGCGUCACCCUCGCUCCGGGCACGCUGCCACAGCGCUCCGCUUACGUGCUACAAGGUGAUUCACGUUCGCUACAAAUCGAAGGGGAGGCGUUUAACCACGCGGCAGAGUUGCUGCGUCGCUCGCCCGAGUUCACGGUGCUGACCUCACUCCGGCAAGAGCCCGCCAAUUCUGGCACAAUUAUUUCUUUUUCACAUGGAUUCAACAGGUACCUCGAGGUGCAGUCGAGCGGCCGGCGCGACGAGGUUCGGCUGCACUACGUGGCAGCGGGAGGGUCCGCGCCGCGCGUCGAGACCUUCCCGUUUCGGCUGGCGGACGGCUCGUGGCACCGAGUGGCACUGUCGGUCUCCGGCGCGCAGGCCACUCUGUACGUCGACUGCCACCUCCUGUACCGGCGACUCAUCCCACCGCCCGAUCGAAACUUCACUCAGCCACAGCUCACGCUAUGGAUCGGUCAGAGAAACAACAAACAUUCCUUAUUCAAGGGAGCUCUCCAGGAGGUGAGGCUGGUGAGCGGGCCGCACGGCUAUCUGGCCCAAUGUCCGGGCUUAGACUCGGAGUGUCCCACUUGCGGACAAUUCGCGCUACUUCAGGCUACCGUACAAGAACUCACUACACAUAUCCACGACCUUUCGCUCAAACUAGUAGGUGCAGAAGCUAGGAUAUCCAGGCUAGAGCAGUGCGACUGUCAGAAGUCAUGCUACUCUAAUGGGACAGUGCACGCUGACGGCGCCACUUGGCAGCGAGACUGCAAUCGUUGCUCCUGCGUGCACGGUGAGAUAACGUGCAGGCCAGUAGAAUGCGACAGAGCGGAAUGCAAGAAUCCUGUAUUACAUCCGGGAGAGUGCUGUCCUACGUGUCUGAGGCAAUGUUUGCUGUGGGGUAAUCUGUACGAGCACGGGGAACGGUUCGCGCCGAAGGAGUGCGCCGAGUGCGUGUGCCACGACGGGAACAUGCAGUGCACCCGCGUGGACCCCGAGUUGGCGUGUCCUCGGCUGCCCUGCGACCCUCCCCAGCAGUUCAGCGUGCCCGGAGAGUGCUGCAAGUUCUGCCCUGGCGUGGACUACUGCAACAUGGGCCACUCGUGCGAUGAGAACGCGACCUGCAUGAACCUCAACACCAAGUACACCUGCAAGUGCAACCAGGGCUUCCAGGGGGACGGUCUCACCUGUCAAGAUGUCGAUGAAUGCCAGGAAGCCGGUGGCCUGCACGGCCACCACUGCCACUCCAACACGCGCUGCGUCAACGUAGUCGGCGGCUACGUGUGCCAGUGCUUGGGGGGAUACACCAGGAAGGACAAGUUUAACUGCGUCGAGGUGGACGAAUGUGAGGGCAACACUCACGGGUGCCACGCGGACGCAGUCUGCACCAACACGCCGGGCUCCUACACGUGCCGGUGCCGGGACGGGUACGAGGGCGACGGAUACACGUGCAUGCCUAUAUGUCCUGGGGGUUGUUUGAACGGAGGCACGUGCGUGGCGCCGGGGAGGUGCGGGUGCGGCGCGGGGUUUGCGGGCGCACGCUGCGAGCGGGACCUCGACGAGUGUACCCCGCCCGCACCCCGCACCCCUCCGCCCUGCGCCCCCCACGCACUGUGCGUUAACACGCCCGGCUCCUACUACUGCAUCUGCGCGCACGGUUACAAAAAGGACCCAAUACUUAAUACUUGCAAAGACGUAGACGAAUGCACCGAAGGCUCGCACACGUGCCACCACAGCGCGCGGUGCGUCAACAUCGACGGAGGAUUCAGAUGCGAAUGCUUCACCGAAAACUGUGAAUUAAGCUGUUCGUGGCAGGGGCGCGUGGUGUCGGAGGGCGCGACGUGGCGCGAGGCGGGGGGGUGCCGCGUGUGCACGUGCGCGGCGGGCGUGGCGGCGUGCGCGCGGGCCACCUGCGCCUGCGACGCCGACGACAACGUCACCGCGACGUUUCAGCUGGAUUUAUUGAGCACCGCGGCGUCAGCGUCGCUGGUGUCGGCGCCGGCGUCGUGCUGCCCGCACUGCGACGCGCGCUACCACUGCCGCCACCAGGAGAUGCACCACGUCACCUUCCGCAGCGGGGAGCGCUGGCUCUACCAGUGCCAGAUAUGCGAAUGCCUUCUGGGCGAGGUGGACUGCUGGGAGCCGGAGUGCGAGGAGGGCGGCGCGUGUUGCUCGGCGGGGGGCGCCCCGCACCGCCUGCAGCUCGCCGGCUGCGAGCCCCCGCACUGCGCCGCCUGCCAGGGCGGGCAGUGCGCAACUCUGGUGAGCAAUCUCGCGUGUUGUGUGCAUCGAGCGCGGCGCGGCGUGACGGCGGCGCUGGCGCUGGUGGCGCUGUGGUGGGGGCGGACGCGCGGCCGCACGCACCGCAAGCAUCGCGGCGCGCGGCGCUAAAGCCGCCCUGAGCACGCGCACACACCCACACAUAUUUAUUCUAGAUAGAUCUAAUGUUAACCAAUUACGGCGGCGCGCGACUCGCUCGAUGGCCUUAACUUAGCGGGCGACGUCGCCGCCGCCGGCGCAGCCCCGGAACCGCCGACACCUUCCUCUGCGUCGUCCCGUCGACGGAUAUCCUAUUAGUGUAGAUAGAUAAUCGAGUAGAUUGCCGCGGCUUUCUCUCCAUAUCGCUGUCGCGUCGGAGCGGCCCCAGCCUUGUCGCUCCGCUCGCUUAGUCAGUCGACGAUUCCGGUGCUAGGCGUCACUACAUUCAUCAAUGCUCUGUAUUCAUGCGGUGCGUAAAGCCCUCUUUGCGGAACUCAGACGCGCUGUGUCCUGCGAGAUGGCUUCCCUUCCGGUCCGACGCGAGCCGGUGCAGACUAUAUUCACAAUUCCAACAAACAGUGACGCGUUCACGCUCGCGACGGACCGAUAGCGGCGCCCUCGACCCCCGGCGCGUUCAUACGCCGCUAAUUGCAAUCUUCGAAUACUUAAACACUAAAUCGAUCGCUUAAAAUUAUUAUCCUAGACUCGUAACGGUCCUACGUUUAGCUAUUGUUGUGAAUAAUGUAUAGUGUUGCUGGUGCUGGUCGAGGACGCGUCGUGUUGGAGAGGGCAGCGCGCGGGGGCGGCCCCACGGCCGGGUCGGCAGCUUCUUCAAUUAUAAUAUUACAUAUUUUAAUAAUAGUUAUAGUCCUGUAAAUGGGUAGCGUAGUGCCAACCUGGAGGGGACCGCCCCCGCGUUCUCCCUGUUGUACGAAAUUUUUCAUAAUAUAUUCUUUAAUUUUUGUUUGACUUUGUAUAGGGAUUGUUUUCUUGUAUAAUUUGAAAAUAACCAAAAAUAGGUACCAAAUAUAGAAAAAAAUAAAUAUAAUUGUUUCCUAAUUUUCGUAAAGCAUUUUGAUGCUUGCAUGUUGUAUUGUGUUCAAAAAAUUACAAUAAAAAAGA